AUGGACUACUUCAAGAAAGCUAUCUGGGGUCCCGACCCCAAAGAACAGCAACGGAAGGUUCGACAACUUGUACGGAGAAAUGGGAGAUCUUUGGACAAAUCUUUGAGAGAACUGAGUGCGUUGCAAAUCAAGACACAAGCAUUGAUCAAACGAUCCGCAAAACAAAACGACACCAGAUCCGUACGAAUAUACGCUAAAGAGCUGUAUCAGAUCAAUAAACAGCACCAAAGGAUGUAUAUUUCAAAAGCACAGCUACAAUCCGUAGGUAUGAAAAUCGAAGAAGCAUUCCGAAUGCAAAGUCUACAAGAAAAUAUGGCGUCGUCAGCGGUCCUGAUGCGUGAAGUAAACUCACUGGUGAGACUUCCGUACAUGCAACAAACGAUGAUGGAGCUUGAAAAAGAGCUUGUGAAGAGUGGCCUCAUUACUGAGAUGAUCGAUGAUACAAUGGAGAUGGUCGAAGACGAAGAAGCGGAAGACGAGGCAGAUCAGGAAGUUAACAGGAUCGUGGAACAGUACACGUCCAAGAAAUUGGAUAGUGUUGUAGGUGCUCCUGUCUCUGAACUACCAUCAGAGUCUGAACCCGAGGCCCAAAUAGCUCCCGAAGACCAAAUCGACGACGAAGCAGACGUCAUGCUCAAUGAGAUGCGAGAAAGACUGAAAGCCCUGCAGAAUUGA